CGAAUUAAAGUUCAGUUUCUUACAGUCCGGGUUAAAACCAGUCCCGGGUUAUAAAGCCAGAAGACGCGCCGUCGUGCAUCACCUCAAACCCGCGAUAAAAGUCGAAGAAAGAGGCCAAAAGUGGAGAAGUGAAGUGCUGAAAGGCUUCCAAUCGGAUUACUCCAGCACUGAAUGUUACCAGGCCAUGAUGGCCACGGAGGAGCUGUAUGAGGUUGAGAGAAUUGUGGGUAAACGCAAAAACAAAAAAGGAAAAACGGAGUAUUUAGUACGCUGGAGAGGCUACGACUUUGAAGGAGACACCUGGGAGCCAGAGGCUAAUCUCUCCGGCUGCAUGGAGUUCAUAAAGGAGUUCAACUGUCAGCACGGCGAGAUUCAAAGAGACGGGGGCAUUAUCCGCUCCACCCGCAGGUCCCCCAUCGUAGCCGUGCGCCAGAACUCCAGCAACAACGCACGAAAGCAGAUGAACAGGUCUCAACUACAUAACUGCAGCUCAAGUCCUAGUGCUGGAAGGACUACGCCGUCUACCCAAAGCAUUUCCUCCACCAACGUCACAGAACAUCCUCAGUCUUCUCAGAAGUUACCGGAGAACGGAGGAUCGGAGACCAAAACGGACCCUCAGCAAGACUUUUUAUCUAACCAAAUGUUCAGGGGUCCUGGAGGUUUCUGCUACAGCGGCGCUUCCGAUUCACCGAGCCCAGGCACCGACCCACCCCCCAUCGUGUCCUCUCCCGGCAGUGCUUUUUUACGUUGCAAUAUGGACCUGGCUAAGUCCGGGAUCAAAAUUCUAGUCCCGAAGAGCCCGUUCAGCAGCCGUAUCGACUCGGAGCAGUCUCCCAGCGAGGCAGCACACAGUCUGGAACAGGGUGGGGAGGAGCCGGAUUCGGUGCCCCCGGAGGUAGCGUUGCAGGAAAAGCCUGCGGGACUCGUACUGGAGCCGGGUCAGGAGCGAGCACGCAUGGGCACACGGCCCAGACCGCAGACGCCUCUGCUACCGCCUCAGGUGCCGAUUACACCUGCCGCUGUCCGCAACCUCAGUGGAAAAGGUACGCCAUCGCUCAUGGAGGCAUCAUCGGCCAGCGGGACGGCCAGUUUACAGAGAGGCACGACGGGAGCGCCGUCUAACUCGGGUGUACCGGGCGUGUUAGGGAAACGGAGGCUGGAGGAGCGUUCAGCCUUCGACAAGCGUCUGCGUUUCAGCGUUCGUCAGACAGAAAGCGCCUAUCGCUUUAGAGACAUUGUCGUGAAGAAGCAGGAUGGUUUUACUCACAUUAUUUUCUCAACGAAGACCUCAGAGAACAAUUCACUGAAUCCUGAUGUGAUGAAGGAGGUUCAGAGUGCCAUGUCCACAGCAUCAGCCGACGACAGUAAACUGGUCUUAAUAAGCUCUGUUGGAAGUGUGUUCUGUUCGGGACUGGACUUCAUCUACUUGAUCAGACGACUCACGGACGAUCGAAAGAGAGAAAGCAUUAAAAUGGCCGAGACGAUCAAGGCAUUCAUAGACACAUUUAUACAAUUCAAGAAGCCCAUUUUUGCUGCUGUGAAUGGACCUGCUGUCGGUCUUGGAGCCUCCAUCCUGCCCCUGUGUGAUGUAGUAUGGGCUAAUGAGAAGGCCUGGUUCCAAACACCUUACGCCACCUUCGGCCAGACACCGGACGCCUGCUCCUCUAUCACGUUCCCUCACAUAAUGGGAGUCGCAUCAGCUAACGAGAUGCUGCUGAGCGGUAGGAAGCUGACAGCCCAGGAGGCCUGUACCAAAGGCCUGGUGUCCCAAGUCUUCUGGCCAGAGACCUUCACUCAGGAGGUGAUGGCUCGCAUUAAAGAGCUUGUCUCGUGUAAUUCAGUCGUUCUGCGGGAGUCCAAAGCGCUGGUGCGAAACGUUAACCGGACUGCCCUGGAACAGGCCAACGAGAGGGAGUGCGAGGCACUAAAGAGAGUCUGGGGCUCCCCUCAGGGCAUGGACUCUAUAUUAAAAUACCUGCAGAAGGUUAAUGACUUCUAGGUUUCUACAAGGACGUACGGACGAUGAAUCGUUCACCUUUAUACAGCGGACGCCAUCCUCAAGUGCCUGCGUAGUCAAAAGACCAGAAAUCUGAAAUAUCAGUAUUAACUGUGUUCUUUUUCAUCUGUAUUUAAUUAUGGCGUUUUGUUUGCCAAUGAAGGUUUUAAUUCCAGAUUUCUCCUCCUACUGAAUUGUCCUGUCCUGUAAGUCCUGAAGAUGUUACUUAGAUAAGAGUGUAUGAAGAAGAUAGAUUUAAUAUUUUUAUACACCGAUCAGCCAUAACAUUAAAUCCACCUCCUUUCUACACACUGUCCAUUUUAUCAGCUCCACUUACCAUAGUCCACUGACUGUAGUCCAUCUGUUUCUCUGCAUGCUUGGUUAGCCCCCUUUCACCCUGUUCUUCAAUGGUCAGGACCCUCCCAGGACAGAGCAGGUAUUAUUUAGGUGGUGGAUCAUUCCCAGCACUGCAGUGACACUGACAUGAUGGUGGUGUGUUAGUGUGUGUUGUGCUGGACUGAGAAUAGUCCACCAACCAAGUGGCUUCUGUAUGGUAAGUGGAGCCGAUAAAAUGGACAGUGAGUGUAGAAACAAGGAGGUGGUUUUAAUGUUAUGGCUGAUCAGUGUAGAAUUACUAUGAUUUCAUAUAGUUUAGUUAUAACCUGGUAAAACCUUUAACAUACAGUAGAUGACACUGUCUGAAGUCUAAAACCAUUAAAUUAACUCUGAAUGCCUUUUGUUUGCGAGUGGAUUUGAAAACUCAGAAGCAUGAUUAGGACGUUUGCUUCUAUUUUCUGAGCUAUAGAAACACUAUUUACCAGUUUUCAAAUGACCACUCGAGUGACAAGGGUAGAAACCUCAUUGUAUUAGUCAGCGUCUCUCUAUCUUCCAGCUAUCUAAUGUUUUUUUUCUUAAUUUAUUUAUGUUUUGUCGACUGUGUUAAGUAUUUAUUGAACGGAUGGUAUUUGAGAAUAUUCUUCCCUUUUGUUUUGAACUGAUUCACUGUAAAUGUAUUUCCAUUUAGUGUAUUACGAACAAUUGUCACUUUCAUUUUACAUGAUUCAGGAUUUAGUAUUUUUUUCCUUCUCAA